AUGUCUGGAGCUGCUGCGUCCGCUGGAGCGUCAAAAUUCACUGCUUUCAUGAAUCACCCUGCAGGGCCCAAGACCGUCUUCUUCUGGGCACCAAUGAUGAAGUGGUGCUUGGUGGCCGCUGGUAUCAAAGACUUGACUCGGCCAGCCGAGAAAUUGAGCGUGUCCCAGAACAUUGCCCUCACUGCUACCGGCUUCAUCUGGGUGCGCUAUUCGCUUGUGAUCACACCUAUCAACUACAGUUUAGCCGCCGUCAACUUCUGCGUUGGACUGUCUGGGUUGACUCAGCUAGCACGUAUCGCACAAUAUCGUUCCGCGCAUCCCGAGGCGCCCAAAGCCGCAUAG